UCCUUUUUCUUUUCAUAUAAGGUGCCUAACAUACAAAAAGCAAGGCCAAUUAAAAAAAACUUGUUUUUAUUAAAAAGCAAGUUAGUAAUACACAUUUAUGUGACUUCUACAUACACACACAUCACACCACAACUUUUUUUUCCUCAAUUCUUUCCCUCUUUCAACACCUCCCUUCACCCCCAACCCCCCCUAAAAAAUCCUCUCAAAUUUCCUUCAUCUAACAAACAAUGUUUGAUUCAAGAAACCAAAAACUCAUUGAUCAUAUACCCAUUCUUGAUCCUAUUACAGCCUCAGAUUACACUUAUAACAACACUUACCAAAAUUUUGCCACUAAAAAUAAAGUUGGAGGCUUAGAAAUGUCACAACAACAUGUUGAUUAUGGUGAUGAUGAAUCUGGUAUUUGUUCACCACCUUUAUGGAAAAAUAGUCCACCAAGAAGCCCUGUUCACCCCUUUCAAAAUUCGAUGAAUCAUCGAUCAAUUUCACCUAGCUCUAGAGCUCUAGCUAUAGCUAAAGGUCAAUGGGAACUAAUGGAAAUGAUCAAGAACAUGCCUGAAUCUUGUUAUGAGUUGUCACUUAAAGAUCUUGUUGAAAAAAAUUCAUUCUUGGAAUCUAAUCAAGAAGAAUGCUUAAUCAAUAAAGAGGAGGAAAAGGAAAAUCUUGCUAGUACUAUUAGUCAAGAACAUUUUAUGAUGCAACAAAGGGUGAAAAGUAUAAAAAGACAAGAAAGUAAGGGGGAAAUGAUUAGAAAUGAAAGUUUUGAAGAAAGGGGUUGUUGUCUAAAGAUGUUUUUCCCAAUUCCAUUGGAUCCAAAGAAGAAACAACAGAUGAAGAAAUCAACAAAAACAACUAAAGUUUCACCUAAGCCAAUAGAAGUUUCAAGAAAUUUGGAGAAAGAUUGGUGGAAGAAGAGAUUUUCUUGUUCAAGUGAGAGUGAUAGUAGCAAAACAGGCAGCAGUACUAGUGAAAGUAGUGGCAGCAAUGAUAGCAGAACAAGAACUAAAAGGAAAAAGAAAGGAUUUUUAACCAAUUUCUGGUCAAGAUUAUGCUUUAGUAAAAGCAAAUCAGCAGAGUGAAGACAAUCAAAAAUUCCUCUCUUAUUUGGUUAUGAGACCUGUAAAUCAUUUAUACUUACAAGUCUUUAUAGAUGGAAAAAAAAUCCUGUAAAGAUCUUUGAUAAGUAAUAAUCUUUUUUUUUUGUACUAGUAGAUUUACUGCAGAAGUGUUUUGCAAUGUAUCAUUGUAUAAUUCUUGGUUCUUGCAAGAAUAGAAUAUUUCCAAACUACUGCUUUUUCAAGAAUUUGAAUUUAUUAUGUCA